CUCUCUCUUUCACUGCCAGGCACUGCCUUUUCCGCUCCAAGCCCCACAAAGACGUCACCAUUCAAGCAAAUGAACAACACAAACACCACCAAUAACAGUAACUAUCAAAAUCAGAUCACCACAAAUGGCUCCAGUAAUGUCAACAGUCCAUCAUCCACAUCCACAAGCUCCUCACAUCAAACAUCCAGGCUUGACUCAGUUUCUCCAACGCCAGAAUCGACACCGGAAAAUUUGAAAGCCGCCGACAACGCUGCUUCAGCCGCCAACGUCUCAAGCGCCAGCACCGGCCCAGCAUCGACGCCGGGCAGUAGCCCCCUAAUCGGCACCAUAACGCCACCUCCAUAUCAGAGUGAAGCAACUGAAUUGUUUGCAAACGCUUCGCGUGCAGCGACGCUCAAUAACAGCAACAGCAAUGGCGGCGUUGAACAGCGUCCAGUUGCCACACCGGAUAGUCCCAAUGCGAAUACAACGCUCCCCCCAGUUGCGGCUGGUCCUAACGACAGCUCUGCUGCUGCGGAAGCCAAGCCCAACGCUGCGAUUGAAGUGCAGGUCAAAAACAAGGAAAACGAUGUCUCGAAUGCGUCAGCAGCAACAACAGCACCAAACCCAACGAACCCAGAUGAAAGCAGCAGCGGCAGCACAGCAAGGAAAUCGUUGAAGCUCACACCAGAACAGCUAAAUGGCAAUGCUAAUGGCAACAUCAGUGAAAAUGCCGCGGCGCCGCAGUCAGCCAACGUCAAUGUUAAUGCGAACGCCAACACAGCUGCCGCAACGGCAACGCCGCAAGCAGCAGCAACGCCAACGCCAACAGCGACCGAUGUGAACAACGGCAAUGCGACGGACGAGACGAAUAAGAAAUCAGGAGAUGCCACCACAUCGGAUUUGCCAGCGGGUGUGCUUUACCGUGUCAAGGCCACCUAUGGUUAUGUGAAGGAGGAUGUCGAUGAGCUAAGCUUUGAGGUUGGCGAUAUAAUACGUGUUAUUGAAUACGACGAUCCAGAAGAUCAGGAGGAAGGCUGGCUGAUGGGACAAAAGGAGGGCACAAACGAGAAGGGUCUGUUCCCGGCCAACUUUACACGACCCAUCUAGGCAGGCGUACAGGCGGAGAGCAAGCGAACAAGCAAGCAACAGAACAGCAGCAGGCCAGUGCAACGAACAAAAGCAGAAAGCAGAAACAAUAAAUAAAGCAGAACAAGAAGCAGAAGCAGAAGCCACCACACAAAAGAAAA